AUGAGCACCGCCGGAGUUCGGCGUCCCGCCUUCCGUGAGCCAGAAGCGGACGAACGCGGCGGCAGCCAUCUUGAGUGUGGCACCAAAAAAAAGCAAGAGCCACCGAGCCAAGGUGAAGUUUCUUUAAAGCCGGUCCAGGACCGGGGACCUCGAAAAGUAGAUGUGGGUAGCCGCGGAGAAGUCGUCUGCACGGGAUGCGGCCCGAAGGAGGGAAGGGAGGGCGCAAAGCGGCCCCCGACGGCCCGUCACCAGCCUUGCCCCAUUGUCCGGCCGCUAGGCAAGGGCGCGCUCGGCUUCUCCGGGGCCGCCCAAUCGGGGCCGGCGAGGGGAGGCGCGCGCCGCCCACUCCCAUAUAUAAAAGGCGGCUGGCACCGCGUGAGCCCUCCACUGGCAUCCAAAGCCAUCUUUGCAUUGUUCCUGUCCCGGGGUUCGUCGGGCUGCGCUAAGUCGUCGCGGGGCUUCGCUCUUCUUCAUCCCCCAUCCUCCUCUUCCUCCUGCAGCCUCCUCUUCCUCCGCCUUUGGCGAGCCAAGCCGCUCCGUACGCGCCCUCGGAUCUCUGCCGGCGCCUUUUUUUUUUUGUACAGUCGCGGGCUUUUCCUCCGCUCCCGCCGCCGCCGCCGCCGCCGCCGCACGGUUCUUUCUCCCCGUCCUUUCCCCCGCCGCUCCAGCCAUGUCAGACACAGCCGUGGACACCAGCUCCGAGAUCUCCACCAAGGAUUUGAAAGAAAAGAAGGAAGUUGUGGAAGAAACAGAAAAUGGCAAGGAAGCCCCCAACGGCCAUGCCGCGAACGAGGAAACGGCGAGCAGGAGGCGGACAACGAGGUAGACGAUGAAGAGGAAGAGGUCGGCGACGAAGAGGAGGAUGAGGAAGAAGGCGAAGAAGAAGAUGGCGAUGAAGAUGACGAGACUGAAGGUCCAACCGGCAAGCGGGCAGCUGAGGACGAUGAGGACGACGACGUGGAUCCGAAGAAGCAGAAAACCGACGAAGACGACUAGGGGGAGUUAGGAUAAUAGAAAGAGAAACAACUUUUUUUUAAACAAAAAAAAAAAAGAGGAAAGAAUUUUUUAAAAAAAGAAAGGCCAGCGUGACCUGCUUUUACCUUUGAAAACUUUCUGUUACAAAAAGAAAAAAAAAUUACGUCCCCCCCUCGUUGCUAAUGGUCACCGUCAUAAAGUAGAGCAGACAAACAUGGGAAGGAAAAAAACACCCCCCAGUAAAAGCCACCGGGCGUAGAGAUGCCAUUUUUCCCCCCCAACUUGUAAAAAACAAAACCCCCAACCCCAAAAUCCUCCCUCCUUCCUCCCCUCCCUUCCCUGUCACACGGGUGAAUGGGGUGCGGGAGAGUGGGUGACCCAGUCUCUCCCCUUCUUCCCCGCCCCAACGUAAAGUUCACGGCCCCAGCUUGAUUUCUUAAAAGUAACUUUAAAAAAAGGAGAAUUUGUUUGUAUUUUUUAUUUACAUUUUAUAUUUUUGUACAUAUUGUGAUGAGGUCGGCCAUUUUUAACGCGAUCUCCGAUUUGACCAAAAGGGGGGGGUGGGAGGAGGGGAAGGGCUUUUGAAAUGUACUUUCUUUCUUUUUCUCUCUCUCUCUCUCUUCCUUUGUUCCUAUAAAUGAAUCAACAACAACAACGAAAAAGAUCUAGACUUUACUUGUGGUGUGACCGUGUCCAAAAACCAUGAUCUCAAAAGGAGAAGAAAAAAGACCUUGUAAAAAAAAAAAUAAUAAUUUCAAAAAUGCAAAAAAAAAA